GGGGGCGGGGCCGCAGCGGAGCAGCGCCAUGCCUCCGGCGCUGGGUCUGGGGCUGCUUUUGGGGCUCCUGGGGGACCCGGGGGAUGCGACCAAAGUUCUCCACUCCCUGCGUUACCUGACUGUGGCAGUGUCAGAGUCCAGCCCAGGGGUCCCCCAGUUCAUGUCCACCGGGUACCUGGAUGGGAUCCCCUUCACGCGCUACGACAGCGAGCGGGGCCAGAAAGUGCCGCUAAUGCAGUGGAUAAAGGAUGGAGCCGAGCCGGGAUAUUGGGAGAGGCAGACCCAGAUCUGCGAGGGAUGGCGGCACGUGGAGGCCAGGAACCUGGAGACACUGCAGGACCGGUACAACCAGAGCGGGGGUCUCCACACACUGCUGUGGGUUUAUGGCUGUGAUCUCCUGUCUGAUGGGAGCAUCCGUGGAUCCAGUCGGCUCAGCUACGACGGAUGGGAUCAUCUCUCCUUUGACCCAAAAUCUGGGAAAUUUGUGCCAGCCAACAGUUCUGCUGAGACCACCGGGAAGCACUGGGAACAGGAAGGGACUGAGGUUGAGAGGUGGACGAAUUACCUGAAGCAUGUCUGCCCCGAAUCUCUCCGGAAAUACAUCGGAUAUAGGCAGAAGGAGCUGGAGCGCAAAGAGCCCCCUGAUGUCCACGUGUCCGGAAGAGAGGAACACGGGACGCUGAUCCUGUCCUGCCACGCGUACGGAUUCUACCCCAGCACCAUCGCAGUCAGCUGGAUGAAGGGGGGUGAAACCUUGGAUCAGGAGACGGAGCGGGGCGGGAUCGUUCCCAACAGCGAUGGCACCUUCCACACCGGGGCCAGGAUCAAGGCGCUGCCGGAGGAGCGGGAGCAGUACCGGUGCAGGGUGGAGCAUCCUGGAAUGCCAGAGCCCAGGAUCUUCACUUGGGAGCCAAAAUCUGGCGGGAAUCUCACCGUGGUGGUCGCUGUGUCUGUCAUCGCUGCCAUCCUCAUCCUCAUCCUCAUCGGAUUCGGCGUCUGGAAGCUCCAAUCUGGGAGGAGGGAUGGGAAUGGAUACAACCCAGCAGCCGGAAGGGACGUGGGAACCAACAGCUCAAGCACAGGAAUCACUGCCUGAGAGAUCCAUGGAGCUGGAUCCAGCCCCUUCCCUCUUCCCAGGAAAGCUGAGAGCUGCCAGCAGAGCUCAUCCCACUGCUCCCACCCACCCCACAGCUCUUGCUAGCAGAUCCAUUUCCCGUUUUCCAGUGCUUUAAAGGCAAGAACCACAAAUAUUCACAAUGCUUCACUUCUGGUGUGAAAUUAUCCUGCUUUGGGCAAUAAAUCCUGCUUUGGGCAAUAAAUCCAGGUUCCCUCCUCCA